UGAGAUAUGGCUGCCUCUGUGUUGGCACCACUUGUAAUUCUGCUUUCUUGUACUUGGGGAUUUUGAAACAAAGAUGUCAUGGAGAAGAAGAGAAGGCAACUGACUCCUGAGCAAGAUGCCCUCGGGCACAUAGUUGCUUGUAAAGACAAACCCUUCCUGGAGGAAAGGUUUAUAGACUCUUCUAAAGGGAGAGGAGUGUUCACCCACAAAGCCAUUAAACCAUCCAUGUUUGUUGUUGAAUAUCGGGGGAAUAUCGUUUCUCACAAAGACACAUCGUCUAGGAAGAAAUGUGGUGAUACUCUGAACAGUUUUUUGUUUGAGUUUUCAUGGAAAGGAGCACACUGGUGUGUUGAUGCUUCGAAAGAUGAUAGGACCCUCGGGAGACUCGUGAAUGACGAUCACAUAAGUCCCAACUGUGAAAUGAAGAAAAUUGUGUAUGAGGGAAAACCACACUUGUGCCUGUUUGCAGUGAAAGAAAUAUCUCCAGGCGAGGAGAUAACUUACAACUAUGGGGACUCCUCUUACCCGUGGCGCUCAACGGACCCCUAUGAUGGAUCGAGUACCUCAAACACAGGCUUUAAUGCUACUUCAUCGACACCAAGGACUGAAGGGGACUCAGCAGGUUCCAGCUUUGAAAAGUCUGAUGAUGACGAACUACCUGACAGUGGACCAAGUCAGGAUAAGGACAGUUUUGCCAACACUAACAGUCAGCUGGAGGACGAGGCUGCUUUCAGUCCCGAUGAACUCAACUCGGAUGAAGAAUAUGAGCCCAGCAGGCCUGUACGAAAGCCCAUGGACUCUUCCUACACCUGUAAAAAUUACUGUUAUGUUUGCGGGGCAGGUUUCACUAAAAUCGCUCGACAUCUUUUAAGGCAUGCUAAUGAAGAGCCUGAAAUCGCUGAAGCUUUUGCAUUUCCCAAACUCUCCAAGGAACGAAAAAGAUUACUUGAUGUAUUACGGAACAGGGGAAAUUACAAACAUAAUCAAGAGGUGAUGAAGAAUAAAAGUGGACCAUUAAAACUAAGAAGACGACCGACAAGCACCGCCAGUGCUAAAACAUACGUGCAUUGUCUAUAUUGUAAAGGCAUGUUCAAACGUAAGGAGAUGUGGAGGCAUGUAGCCAGAUGUCAAUCAAAGACGACAACAAACUCUGCAACUGGUGACAAGACAAGAGUCUUAAGUGAGAUGGCUCUUGCAGAUUCACCAUUCUCCCACAAACUCCCUUCUGGUGUGUGGAAGAUGCUGCUAACAAUGAAUCAAGAUGAGAUUGCAUUUGCAGUUCAAAAUGAUUUCCUUAUAAUACAGCUGGCACAGUAUCUGUGCGAGAAGUAUAGAAAUAAUCCAAAUAAACAUGAUUAUAUCAGACAGAAGCUGCGAGAAAUGGGAAGACUUUUGUUAGCGCUGCAUAAAAAGUCAGUAUUUAGCUUUGAAGAUGCUAUCAAACCCAGAAACUUCUACAAAGUUGUUGAGGCUGUCAAAGACAUUGCUGGUUUCAAUGAAAAGCUGCAGGGCUACAACAAACCAAGUCUUGCUUUGAAAUUGGGACAUUCACUCAAAAAGAUAGGUACCAUUGUCCUCUCUAAACACGAUGGCAAUGAGCAGAUGAAGAGCGACGCAAAGACAUUCAUGAAAUUGUGUGCAAAGGAAUGGAGUGAGCUUGUCUCCCACACAGCUCUCGCUUCGUUGAGUGGACAAAAAGUAAACAACCCGUCUACCAUACCGUUCACACGUGACGUGCAGGUCUUCUACAAGUACCUGGAAACAACAUCGGCUUCUGCCACUGAAAACUUGACAGUGAGUGAGAGCCCACAGGUCUACAGUGCACUUUGCAGAGUGAUACUUGCACAAGCGUCAGUCUUAAACAAAUGUGCCCCUGAAGUUUCGAAAAUGACACUGAAGACAUUCCAGGAGAGGGAUGACGCUACCCGAGUGUUGUCCAAGCACUUCAUCAGAAUCAAUAUCGAGAAAAUGACUGGCCAAAACGUUCCUGUCUUGUUGACCUCUGACCUUGUCAGUGCAUUAACACUGCUCGUGAGCAAGAGGAAAGCAUGUGGCGUACAUCAAGACAAUCCUUACUUGUUUGCAAAGCCUGACGCUUCUGCUACAAGCCACUUCCACGGAAGGAUCUGCAUCAGGGCUUUUUCCAGGCUAUGUCGCGCAAAGAACCCAGAACAUCUCCGGUCAGUGCAUCUUCACAAGCACAUUGCAAGAGUCUUCCAGAUUCUCAACCUGGAGAACGAUGAGCUCAAUCACCUUGCUAAACUACUGGGCCAUGACAUCCGGGCUGACAGGGACUAUUAUCGGUUGCCAGAAGCAGCUGUGGAUCUUGCAAAAAUAGCUAAACUUCUUUUGGCAAUGGAAAAGGGUUCUCUUGAAAGAUUCAAAGGAAACUCUUUGGAGGAAAUUGAGAUUGAAGAUGAAUUGGAGCCAGAUGUGGAGCAGGGCAACCCUGAAAACAGUGACGCUGAGGAGGAAAAUGAAGAAUCAGAUCUUUCAUGUCAGCAGAGUGAUGCUGUGGAACAAGAAGGCACACAACUGACUCCUGAGCAAGAUGCCCUGGAGCACAUAAAGGCUUGCAGAGACAAAGGCUUCCUGGAAGAAAGGUUCAUUGACCCCAUAAAAGGGAGAGGUGUGUUUACCCAUCAACCCAUUGAACCGUCCACCUUUGUCGCUGAGUAUCGUGGGAUAAUCUCUGCCAUCUCUCACAAAGAAACCAGGAGAAAGAAAUGUGGUGAUUCUCUGAAAAAUUACUUGUUUGACUUCUCAUGGAUUGGAACAAACUGGCGCGUUGAUGCUUCGAAAGAGGAUGGGACCCUCGGAAGACUCGUGAAUGACGAUCACAUAAGUCCCAACUGUGAAAUGAGGAAAGUUGUUUAUAAGGGAAAGCCACACUUGUGCCUGUUUGCAGUGAAAGAAAUAUCUCCAGGCGAGGAGAUAACUUACAACUAUGGGGAAUCCUCUUACCCGUGGCGCUCAACGGCUGAGGACUCUGCUGGAUCCUCCACUUCUGCAGAAUCCUGCUCUGAUGACGAUUAUGUACCUGAAGGUGAACCAAGUAGCGAUGACGGCUCUAAAAACAACAACCCAGAUCCAGAUUCUUCUGAACAGCAGAGCUUUGUGCAGCAACCCGUUGAUGCCUCGUGCAUCCAGCAGGAUAGUGAGGAUGAUUACAGCUCUGAUGAUUUUACGUCUGAUGGAGAGCCGGAAGGCACUUCCCGCACCAACAAAAAUUAUUGUUACGUUUGCGGUAAAGCUCAAUCAAAAAUUUCCCGUCACCUUUUCACCCACAGAAAUGAAGAGGACGAAAUAGCUGAAGUGUUUGCACUCCCCCUAUACUCUAAGGAACGAAAUAUCCUACUGGAUAAGUUACGAAACAGAGGAAAUUACAAACACAAUCAAAUGGUUUUGAAGACCCACUGUGGAGAACUGAAAGUGAAAAGAAGAAAAUCAAACAUGUCCACCGCUGCUAAAACAUAUGCACUCUGUCUAUAUUGUAAAGGCAUGUAUAGCCGUAAGGACAUGUGGCGACACAUGCAAAGGUGUGCUUCAAAUAAAUCCUCAAAACUUCCAGGAGUUGGCAAGACUAAAGUCUUAACUUUGAUUGCUGCUGCCGAGUCAACAGACCUCAAAGAAAUCUCAUCAGAUGUGAGGGAGGUAUUGACGAAACUGAAGAAAGAUGAGAUUGCAUCUGUAAUUGAGAGUGAUCCCCAUAUACUGCUGCUGGCACAGUGUUUGUGCCACAUGAAUGAAGGUAAAACAAACCGACGUGACCACAUCCCACACAGGCUGAGGCUUAUGGGGAGACUCCUGUUAAAAUUGAGGACAAAGUCAAUUAGUAGCUUUGAAGAUGCAGUCAAACCCGAAAACUUCAGCAAAGUGGUUGAAGCUGUCAGAGAGCUCGCUGGUUUCAAUGAAGAGAUAAAGUCCUGUGACAGACCAAGUCUUAUGCUUAAAAUGGGAAAUUCGCUCAAGAAAAUUGGUCAAAUUAUCUUCGCCAGGGCUUUGAAAGCGGAGGCAGAUGAAGAGACGACACAUGAAGCGGAGACAUUUAUGAAGUUGUGUGCAGAAGAAUGGAGCUCUGUCGUCAAAUCGAAAUCAAGAGUCAACAAACCACAAACCAUGUCGUUCAUACAGGACGUGCAGCUUUUCUACCAGUGCGUGGAGAAGACGGCAGCGUCUGCAGUUGAAAGCCUGACGAUGUAUGAAAGUCCUCCGGUCUACAAUGCACUUCUCAGAGUGACCGCUGCACAAGUGUCACUCUUAAACAGAAACAAUGUAGACGUUUCCAAAGUAACAAUCAAGUCAUUUAAGGAAAGGGACGAGACUGAGCUUCAUGAAGACGCUGCUGUUUACCAGUCACAGUUUGAGCAAAUUCUGUCCAAGAACACUGUGAAGAUCAAUCUAAGGAAUGACAAAGAUAAAAAAGUUGCCGUUACGUUGACCCCUAAACUACUCUCUGCAAUAACACUGCUUGUGAACAAGAGAGAGGCAUGUGGUGUACAUAAUAACAAUCCCUUCUUAUUCGCAAGACCUGUUGCCACAUGUACAAGCUUCUACCACGGACACCAGUGCAUCAACACUUUCGUAGCUCGGUGUGGUGCAAAGAACCCGGCGAACCUCAGGUCUACGUUUUUUCGGAGGCACGUUGCAAGAGUUUUCCAGAUUCUGAGCCUCACAAAUGACGAGCUUGAUCAGUUGGCCAGACUACUGGGCCGUGACAUUCGGACUGACAGCGAGUAUUAUCAGACGCCAGAAGCAGCUGUUGACAUAGCAAAAAUCUUGGAGCUACUAUCGGCAAUGGAGAAUGAAUGUCUUGAAAGAUUUGAAGGAAAAUCUCUUGAGGAGAUUGAGGUUGCAGAUGAACUGGAGCUGGAUGUGGAGCACGACAGCCUCGAAAACAGUGACGCUGAGGAAAAUGAAGAACCAGAAAGCAGUUUUCAGCUGGGUGAUGUAAAACGUGGGAGGGACAUUGCUCAUGACAAGGCCACCACAUCCAAAGCUCGUUCCUCCUUUUCCCGAGCUAAAAAACCCAGCGGAGUUUCCAGAGUUUCUUCCGUGAAGAAACGUGGCCGAGGCAGGACAAAAAGGUACGGGGGUCAAGAUGAGGAAUCUGAGCCGAAUGAUGAGAAAAACGAUGAGGUGAACACAGAGAAGGAUGACGGGUCAGAGGAAAUGCCUGCGAGCUGUGCUGUGAACACACCUGAAGAAACACUGUCGCGUAGCAAGGAGGAUGCAGCAGACAUUUGUUUUAGUGAUUAUGACGAGGACAUGAAUGUGGACUUUGACAUGGACACCGAUGAGGACAUUCCCAGAAAUGAGGAUGGAGAUGGUGACACAAACGGCUCAGCAGCAACGCCCAAGAACGACUGCUUGCCUAACAGGGACACCUCUGUUGCAGACCUUGAAGAGACCAUGGACACUGAUACAGAGAACCAUGAGGAUGAAAAGAAAGGAAGCGAACAAAAUAACUGGACGGAUGUGGACAGCAGGAGUCCCUCUGCCAUCUUCGAUACAGGAAAGAAGAACAAACUCUCAGCUGCAGUGACUGGAAUGAAAGAAGUGAAGAUAUUAAUCCCAAAACUGGACAUUGAGAAGUUGCAGACUUCAGUCCACAUUUCCCAGUUAUCAUCCGUGUGCAACUCUGUCAAGUGGCCGGUGACAGAUCAGCCCAUUCAGGACAACAGCAAGCGCUGCCUAACAUCCUCUACUGCCACAGACAUCAACAAGCCCAGCUUUGCAAAGGCGAUAGAGAUGACCUGCUCCCACUGCAAGGUGACCAUGUUGAAGGGCCAAACAGCUUACCAGAAGAAAGGAUUCACGGACGUCUUCUGCUCCAAAAACUGCUUAUUUGAAAUGUUUCCCAUCAACAAACCAGUGCCCAAGACCUGUCAUCACUGUCACAAGGCGAUAUCGCAGCCUCUGGACCUCAUCAUGGCUGCAGUGGACGUUAAGGGCACUAUGAAGGACUUCUGCAGUGUGACCUGCCUAACCUCUUUUAAGUCCCCCCCACAGUCGAGCUGCAGCAUGUGCAACAAAUCCUGCACUACCACAUGUGAGUUGACCCUGAACAAGGCUGUUCACAAGUUUUGCAGCGACUCCUGCUUAGAAAAUUUCCGCAGGGACAACGUGGGCGUCUGUGAGAACUGCAGCUCCUCCUGCUACAAACCGCUCAUGCUGAUGCUGGAGGAAGAGACCAAAACGAUCUGCAAGGAAGAAUGUCUGGAGGAGUUCAAAGAGGUGCAGAAAUAUUAACAUGAUGGUCACUUAAUGCGACAUUAUGUAAGAAAUGGUUCUAUGUGCGGGUUGGCGUGUUAUUUGGAGUGUAAUUCACUGCCAUCGGAAAUAAGGACAGCUGUUCAUGUGCAUUCGUUAUGAUUACAGUACGAUCAAAAA